GCUGCCCGGAGUCCAGGCCACGGGGCUUGGAAGGACUCGGGUCAGCUUUGCAAAGGGGGUGUCUGCUGAGCACUUCCUGGAUCAACAGCCCCCCGUCCCUGGGGUUGGGCAGGGGGGCUGGGGCUGGGCUGUAGCUAGAGAGGCCCCUCUUGGGCUGGGAGGAGCUAGAGAGGCCCCUGCCAGCCUGUCACAGGCUCUUGGCACUGGCACUGGCUCUGGCUUUCACACACACACACACACACACACACACACACACACACACACGCUGGCAAGCACCCCCCAGGUGGCCUCCACAGUCUCACCUUCAGGCUCAAAGCUGGCUCCGUGGGGACACAGUGACAUGAGAGGCACACCACAGACCCACCUCCUGGCCUUCUCCCUCCUCUGCCUCUUCUCCAAGGUGUGUGCCCAGCUGUGCCCAACACCGUGUACCUGUCCCUGGCCACCACCCCAAUGCCCACAGGGGGUGCCCCUGGUGUUGGACGGUUGCAACUGCUGCCGGGUAUGUGCACGGCGGCUGGGGGAGCCCUGCGACCAUCUCCACGUCUGCGACCCCAGCCAGGGGCUGGUCUGCCAGCUCGGGGCGGGCCCUGGCGGCCGGGGGUCCAUGUGCCUCUGGGGAGAGGCUGAGGGCAGCUGUGAGGUGAACGGCCGCCUCUACCGGGAUGGGGAGAUCUUCCAGCCCCACUGCAGGAUCCGCUGCCGCUGUGAGGAUGGCGGCUUCACCUGUGUGCCCCUGUGCAGCGAGGACGUGCGGCUGCCCAGCUGGGACUGUCCCUACCCCAAGAAGGUGGAGGUCCCAGGAAAAUGCUGCCCUGAGUGGGUGUGCGACCAGGGAAGGGGGCUGGGGGUCCAGCUCCUCCCAGCCCAUGGUGAGUACAGGGCUGGUCCAGGGCGCCUGGAGGUGGGGUAG